UAUACUGAACCCAAACUACACCAAGGGAAAAGAAUAACAGUGCAGUUUUUUCCAGUUCAGACACACAACUUUCGCUGCAACUCCUCCAUUUUGCAGACUUCCCUGCUUGAAGAGGUUUUUAAAUUUUAUUUGUUGCUGCUUUUAUUUUUUGUUUUCAUAUUUUGGCACAUUCAUCGCACCAGAGGAGAGCAUCACUUUCAUUUUUCCCCCGGUGGAAGAAGGGCUUCUCCGCCUGGGAUUUGGGAUUUGACAGCAGACUGAGCAUCUUUUUGAGCAUUUUUUGAAGACGUUCCUUUUUUUUAAUUUAACUUGGACUUUGUGUGAGGGUAGCAGGUCUGAACCGAGUCCGGUUUGGUGUUUGUCUGAGUAGCUGCAGGAUGGCUACUUUACCAGGAACAGUGCCUCGGAUGGUGCGCCCUGCGCCAGGCCAGAACUACCCCCGAACCGGCUUCCCUCUGGAAGUGUCCACCCCUCUGGGCCAGGGUAGGGUGAACCAGCUUGGCGGAGUGUUCAUCAACGGGAGGCCCCUGCCAAAUCACAUCCGACACAAGAUAGUGGAGAUGGCCCACCACGGCAUCCGACCCUGUGUAAUCUCGCGACAACUGCGAGUUUCUCACGGUUGUGUCUCCAAGAUCCUCUGCCGGUACCAGGAGACCGGCUCGAUCCGUCCGGGGGCCAUAGGAGGCAGCAAACCCAGGCAGGUGGCAACUCCUGACGUGGAGAAGCGGAUCGAGGAGUACAAGAGAGAAAACCCGGGUAUGUUCAGCUGGGAGAUCCGGGAUAGGCUGCUGAAGGACGGGGUGUGCGACAGAAGCACAGUUCCUUCAGGUGAGGCUUCAUCUGUGAGCUCCAUCAGCCGCGUUUUGAGGGCCCGAUUUGGCAAAAAAGAUGACGAGGAUGACUGUGAUAAGAAGGAUGAAGAUGGAGAAAAGAAAACAAAGCAUAGCAUCGAUGGCAUCCUCGGUGAUAAAUGUAACCGCACAGACGACGGUUCAGAUGUAGACUCGGAGCCCGACUUGCCCCUGAAGAGGAAGCAGAGGCGCAGCCGCACCACCUUCACCGCCGAGCAGCUGGAGGAGCUGGAGAAGGCUUUCGAAAGGACACAUUACCCAGACAUCUACACCAGAGAGGAGCUGGCUCAGAGGACAAAACUCACGGAGGCGAGAGUACAGGUGUGGUUCAGCAACAGGCGAGCUCGGUGGCGCAAACAGGCCGGGGCCAAUCAGCUAGCGGCCUUCAACCACCUGCUUCCUGGAGGAUUCCCACCCACGGGCAUGCCGACUUUACCCACAUACCAGCUACCAGAGUCCAGCUACCCCAGCACCACGCUAUCGCAGGAGGGCAGCAGUACGUUGCACAGACCCCAGCCCCUGCCUCCAUCCUCCAUGCACCAGGGAGGUCUGAGUGCCGACAGCAGCUCUGCUUAUGGCCUGUCGUCCAAUCGCCACAGCUUCUCCAGCUACUCUGAUACUUUCAUGAGCCCCUCAGCAUCCAGCAACCACAUGAACCCCGUCGGCAACGGGCUGUCCCCACAGGUGAUGAGUAUCCUGAGUAACCCCAGCGCCGUACCCUCCCAGCCCCAGCACGACUUUUCCAUUUCCCCCCUGCACAGCAGCCUGGAGAGCUCCAACCCCAUCUCAGCCAGCUGCAGCCAGCGCUCUGACACCAUCAAGAGCGUGGACAGCCUGGCUUCCUCCCAGUCAUACUGCCCCCCCACCUACAGCGCCACCAGCUACAGCGUGGACCCCGUCACCGCGGGCUACCAGUACAGCCAGUACGGCCAGACUGCCGUAGACUACCUAGCUAAGAACGUGAGCUUGUCCACCCAGAGGAGGAUGAAACUGGGCGACCACUCGGCCGUGCUGGGACUCCUGCAGGUGGAGACGGGACAGGCCUACUAAAAGCCCCCAGGACCUGCCUCUCCUCCACCCUGUGCCACACCUCCUCCAUGCAUCCAUCAGGUCUGGACUCCCAACUCCAGCUCGCCUCUCUCCGCUGCUGCUGCUGCUGCUCCUCGAUCCGCAGCCCCCCCCCACCACCACCAUCCCGGCCAUGACAUCAGCGCGCAGACACGCGGCCUCGCCGUGUGUGUGCGCACCAGAGGAAAAGUGACGCUCGCAGGGUGUGUGACACAAGGCUCUUCUGGGAGUGGAACUAAACUUUUCACACCAUCGUCAACCACCAGGCGGCUCCGCACCCUCCCUUCUCAACCUGCGGGGGCACCCCACGCCUGCUCCCUGUACUCCUAACCCCCCCAAAAAUCCUGUUUCGUUUUGCUCAGAGGGGCCCAGACGGGACCCCAGACGACCCGAGAACGGUCGGCUGCCUUGGGCCGGGUUCCUCUUUGUCAUGGCUGCAGCCCAGCACACAUCUAGAGCCAUCAACAACAUGUACUUUGACCUUGCUGUUCAUAGUAGUUAACAAAGCCAAUAUCAUUUGAGCGACUCUUAUUCUUGUUCCUUUUUGAUAUUGUUAAGAUUAUUGUUGCUGUUAUAUGAUUAUGGUUAAUGUGAUUUAUGUUGUUCUUUGAUUCCAUUCGUAUCUCUUUUCUCUGUUAGAUGUUGGUGUGUAAAACACAAGUGGAUGACUGAGACCAUUUGGGAGCGAGUGUCUGUUUUUGCGUGUGCAUGUUUGCGUGUCGGCGCGGUCACACAAGAGAGGAUGAUUGUUUUCCAAGCUGCUGUUCCUCUGCCUGUUCCCCGAGCUCUAAUGUUCGUGAGCGAUUUGACCUUCCCACUUUCAUAUUCAUCUUGACAUUCCUAAAGAACUUGGCCACUCGGUGGGAAGUCUGGCUGGAUGGAUUCUGCAGGGAAUUAAAGCAGCGUUUUUGGCGGCCAAUAGCUUUCCCCUUCUAACCUCCAUCCCAUCCUUAGCCGCGGUCCGUGGGGAGGGGGGCAUUGUUUGCAAAAACAGGAUUGGGGAAAUUAAUGUAUUUUGUUUAGAAAUAUGGACCUUGCCAAGGAGGGCUAACUCAACCCACCCCCCUCCCUCCUCUGCUCCUCCCAAAUCCCCAUCUGCCAGGGAAUCCUGUGUGACUUAAACAGUGUAAAGCAGAUUAAAUCACACAAAUAUAAUGUCAAAGCUAAUUCACAGUGACCCUUCCCAUUACCAGCCAGUCUUUCGGUUUUUAUAGCGUAAUUAGCACGUUCUGUAAAUGCACCUUCAGCCGCUUUCCACUCUCAGACUAAAUAAGCAUUCCUUUUCGAAACAUUCCUCGGGCUCCGUUUACGAACGCGCUCUGAGCAUUCCAGCGCUUUUUUUCUGUUAUGAGAUUAAAAAGCACACAAGCUGCGCCAUUCACAUGCACUCUGGAAAAUCAUAUAAUCCAGUCAGUUGUGAAAGGGCACAGGUAACACCACUGAUUGGCCCCCCUCUCUGGUUUGGACUAGAGCGCCCCCCCACACACACACCUCCUCACCUCCCUCCCCACUCUAAUCCUCCACUUUGACGUACUCACCGAAAUGUACAAAAAGAAGAAAAAAAAUGUAAAAGAAUAGUGAAUAUGAGACAUUUGUGUAGCGCUCAUAGUUGACUUGACUCAAUCCAGGACCAGCUGUUCCCUUCACACGUGUGUGAUUUCUUUUUUUUUUUCCACUGGCAUCAGUGUGAUAUUGAUGAUGUACACAGAAUUGUUAACUUUAUCUGGAGACAGAAUUUGGUCCGUAGUCGCCUUUUAAAAACUGAAAACCUGUACAGUAGCUGGAGCAGAUUGUGUAUUGUUUGUUUAUAAAGAGUAUGUUUUAUACUAAAACAAAACUACGUUGAGUGGUAGGUAAGCAAGGGAUCUGUGGAAGUAAAUGUUUUGAUUUGAGUUUCCUUAACCGGCUUGUUUUCUGUUGGUUUUUCUUUUUAAUUGUAUUUAAUUGGUUUACCUGUUUUGACCAAAAGUUUCGUUCGUUUUGGGCCCAGGUAAAGAAUGAAUUUGUAUAAAUUAGUAAAUUCCAUUAAAAAAUGUUACAAGUGAAGCUGUAUAAUGGAGGAUCAAACUGAGCUCAAUGGAAAAAGGAAAGCUUGGUGACACAGACAGACUCCCUGGACCACAGGACCACUGUAUAUUUGAACAGUUGGCUUCACGUGUCCGAGCGUUUCGAGGGUGUUUUUGACCACCUGAUCUCACAGACUCGACUGGACCCGUGGACCUGACACACCUGAACUCCUGAGCCCUCGGUGUGGGACUCCUGCCAGCAGGUUCAGCACGAUAACGACGAUGAAGAUGAAGCUGGCGAAGAAGACGGCCUCACUGCUCUGGGAAACCAAGUCUCGUUUUGAUUUUGUGGACCAAUACGACUUCAGGAGGAAGAAGUCAAAGAAACGUUGACUCCGCACUGAAUCGCAGCAGCUCCCGCUGCUCCGCUUAGACGCCUCACUCAUGUGUAUAUUUUAAAAAGGAAGAAUUUUAGAAUCGUCUUUAGUGUAUCAAACCCAUUUCUAACACUUGCGUCAAUAAACAUUUGGAUAUUUAAAGCAUACACCUCCUUCUCCCCCCUCCCCGUCUGUUUGACCCUUAACCUGUUUAGUUGCUUUCUGACAUCUGUGCUUUGCUUUACUCCUUUUUCUGUUCCGCAUGUGUGUAUAUUAUCAUGGUAUAAUUUAUUCUGCUGUAUGAAGUAUUAGAAUAGUGGGAAACUUGUAUUGGUAUUUACUACCUUCAGCCUGUUGGUGUGUUUACUGUAACACUGGCGUAACUGUUAUCAAUUAAAGAUCCAAAACUGA